AUGUCUCCGCUAUUCGACCUCUCGCGGCCAAAUCGCAAGAUUCAUGCUGGGGUCAUUCUCCUGAACUCGACCACCGAGAUACUGGACAUCGCACCAUUUCACAUCAUGGGCGGCCUAUCAGAUCGAGCAGAAGAUCUUCCAGAUAGUGCAUGGCCGCGAGGAAUGAAAGACCAAGCCAUGGAUAUCGAAUGUCACUGGGUGAAUGAAACCGGCAAGCCAGCGCAGCUGACAUCGAACAUGAGCGUCAAUACCACGGACACCUUCUCAACAUGCCCACCUCUCGAUAUCGUUUUAAUGGGCGCAAACAAGAUGGACUACAUCCCAACUUCUGCGGAGCUGGAGUUCGCUCGCAAAAGUUACGAAUCCUGUCAAGCCUUCAUAGCCGCUUGCGGAGCCUUUCGCACUCUCUUGCUAGCUGGACUAUUAGAUGGCAAAACCGCUACGGCGCCUUCAAUCUUGCUCAGGACACUGCGGGAGGAGCACCCGCAAGUAACAUGGCUCGAAAAGCGAUGGCAUCAAGACGGCAAGAUCUGGACAACAGGGACGCUGGUGAAUGGCUUGGAUGCCAUGCGUGCUUUUGUACACCAUACCUGGGGCGGUCAAGGUGGACUGGCAGAGCAUUUGUUGACGACGGGCAAUUGA